AUGUACUCGACCACUGAGCAGGAGUCGAACGAGAAACGGUUGACGAAAACGGAAGACUCGCCACCAAAGCUUACUUUGGGUCAGAAGAUCAUGAAGGAAGUGCAACAUUAUUGGCACGGAACGAAACUUCUAGGUUUUGAAAUCAAAGUUUCGUCAAAACUGCUCAUCAAGAUGCUCGCAGGUUACGAAUUGACCAGAAGAGAGACCAAGCAAUUGACCAGAACAACGACAGAUAUCCUUAGACUAGUGCCUUUCUCUGUGUUCAUUCUGGUUCCUUUUGCAGAGCUUUUGCUGCCAGUGGCUCUCAAAUUGUUUCCCAACAUGCUGCCUUCCACAUACGAGUCAGAGAAGGACCGAAAACGGAAGACAUCCAAUUUGGCCAACACCAGACAAAAGGCAUCGGAGUUCAUCCAGAAGACUUUUCGUGAAAGCGGAUUAAUUUUGCCAACCAAGAUAGAUGAGGCUGAUAAAGAGCUGUUCGUUAAAUUCUUCAAAACAAUCCACAGAGGAGCAAAGCCCAGCCACGAGGAAUUGAUAAAAAUAGCGAGGUGUUUCAAGAAUGACCAAGUUCUGGAUAACCUCUCACGUCCGCAAUUGGUGGCCAUGUCAAGGUAUAUGGGAAUGUCCGCAUAUGGAACAGAUGAGAUUUUGAGAUACCAAAUUAGACACAAGCUUAUGCAAAUCAUCAAGGACGACCGUGCCAUAGACUACGAGGGUGUGGACAGUCUUACCGUCCCGGAGCUAAAAACUGCAUGUGCCUCACGUGGAAUCAAAACCACUGGUACGUCUCCAGCGCGUUUGCGGGAUGACUUGAGGAUUUGGUUGGACCUUCGAUUGAGACAAAAGAUUCCAUCCUCUUUGCUUAUUCUCUCCUCCACGUUCACAUAUGGUGAACAUGCUGACAGUUUCGAAAGCUACUAUGACGCACUGUUGGCAGUUCUAUCCUCUAUUCCAGAUGAAUUAUACAAUGUCGCUAAACUCGAAAUGUUUCAGGAUGAUGACGCAUUGAAGCUAAGCAUCCUCAAAGAGCAAGACGAGUUGAUCAAGGAAGAGAAUUUACGAAGCAAAAAUGUGAAGACUGGUCUGAAAGACGAUAUAAAUUUGGAUGAAUAUGAGGAAAAGAGAGACGAACAGGAUGAACAGAAGAGACUGAAGGAGCCAGAGGCACCAGCGUCGAAGGACAAGAUAGGGGAGGAGUCUAAAGAAACGGAGAAAAUAAAAGAAACAAAUAAAUAA